AUGUUAGCUCCUGAUAGAAACAUACCAUAUCAAAUCUCAAACUUCUAUAAUGAGAAAGUACAAAUGCGCAAGACACAUGUGCACAAAACUGUCUACAGGAUAGCUAAGAUUGUACAAGAUAUUUUGAAAGAAGUAGAAACCCAGGAACCUCGUUUCAUAUCAACGCUGAAUGAAGCAAAUGGGAGAUUUGACGGGAUGAUUGUGCAUUCGCCACAUGAAUACGAAGCAGUUCUAUAUCUGAACCAAAUGGGAGUGUUCAACUUCGUUGACGACGGAUCUAUUCAAGGAUGUGCAGUUCUCAAACUAAGCGAUGGCCGGAAACGUUCGAUGUCGCUUUGGGUGGAAUUCAUAACAGCAAGUGGAUAUCUAUCAGCUCGGAAAAUAAGAAGCCGUUUCCAGACAUUAGUAGGGCAAGUUAUUGAGAAGACUCCGUUCAGAGAGCAUUGCAAGCUUCUGACUGACACAAGCGAUGUCCGCAUCCGAAUUGACGAUAAAUACGUUGUCCAAAUAACUUGUGCUUUCCGGUGCAGUGGCAUUUGGCCACGUUCAGCCAGUCAUUGGCCCAACUCUUCAAUACCAUGGCCUAAUCCAGCUGUGGCUGUUGAAGUGAAGAGUGAAGGAUUCGAUUUAACUAGCAGAGAAACGAGUGGAAUGGUCACUCAGGGAAAUAAACAAACGAAUUCAAUGGAAGGCGAUGCCUGGGCUAUGAAUAUGUUAGGAGCAGAAAAUGCGCUCAUCUCUGGUACUCGCCGAAAAACCUUGAGCAUCCUCAAAUGCUUACGCGAUCGCCAUUUAGACUUCUCCGGAACACCUAUCACAAACUAUAUAUUGAAAACUCUAUUACUAUACGAAUGUGAGAAACAUUGCGCCGAUUAUGAAUGGGAAGAUCAAAACUUAGGGGAUCGAAUUAUAGGAAUUUUGCUGCAAUUAGUAAGCUGCUUGCAGUGUCGAAGAUGUGCUCAUUAUUUCAUGCCACAACUUGACUUGCUUCGUGGAAAACCUAUUCAUCUGAUUGAUCAAGGCUCUAAGAUGGCAUGGAAUUUAGUACGGAAAAUGAUGCUAAACGCCCGUGCUCUUGAAGCCUUAUAG